AUGGCCCCAACCACUCCCAGCAAGAUUCGCUGCACCUACCGCAGCUGCAACCUCUUCUUUGAUUCUCUCAUUGAGAUGAAAAGACACAAGAUCGUCGAAGCUGAACACGACUACUGCAGGGUCUGCGAUGAAGACUUUGUGGAUGAAGAGCAUCUGCUCAUCCACAAGAUCUCCAGUGACAAGCAUAUUGUCUGUCCAAUCUGUGGCAUGGAGUAUCGCUCUGAAGGCGGUCGCGACGGCCACAUUCGCCAGAAUCACCGCUCCAAGCAAUCCAUCACUUGCCACGGUUGCAAGGAAAGAUUCACCAGCGCCAGUAACAUGAUGCGUCACAUUGAAGAAAACAAAUGCCCCGUCAUCAGCCAGUUCGUGCUCCUGAAAGAGAAGUCCAAGAAGUUGAUGAUCAAGGAGGCCCUCAAGGAAGGUGAAGGCUCGCCGAUGCCACUCAUUCCGGACCCCGCCGAAGCCGACGACAUCGAUGGUGGUGUCAAGAUCCUGUCCAUUGAGAGUAGACGCCGCGAGGCCAUACUGAGCCAGCCGUCUCUUGUGAAGGCCGGUGAUAGUGGCUAUGCCUCUGCUGCUCUGGCUACUCGGCACUGGUCGACUCUGGGUGGAAGCUCCAGGUCCUCCGAACUGCCCAGUGAUAUUAUCGAUCUCACAGGUCUGGAUAUCUCUUCUAAUCAGGAAAACCAGCCUUCUUGGAGAGUAAAAGGUCGUGUCGCACCAACCGAAGCGUCCGUGUCGGAAAUUCGCCCGUUCGGUAUUGCGACUCCCGAUGCAGGCCAGACCCUGCGCUUGUUGGAUGCGCGCUGGGAUCCCACCAACUUCCUCAACUCAUUCAGUGGUGAGUACGUCUGCCCUUGCGGUAUGAAAUUCAGCGCCCAAGCGGACUUCGAGGAGCACGUUUUGUGCAAGAGCCGUUCUAAGAAUGCAGUCCAGUGCCCUCGCUGCCUCCGCAAGUUCAAGUCCACCGCCGCCCUCAUCGCGCAUUGCGAGUCCCCGAGUACCCGGUGCGACAUCAACGAAGGCGAAAGAUACGGCCAAAUUAUAGACGAGUUGACCGGCGGUGUUAUCCAGGCUGUGGGAUACAAUGAUGAUGGCACCGUGAAGUACGGGGCCGGAAGAUUGGACCUCCCUAAGACCCCCAAGGCCACCACCAAGUGGUGA